GCCGUAGUUGUGCGUCGGUCCUUGCGCGCGCUUCCUGUUGCCAGGCCAGGAAGGUUGGUGUGACCUAGAGAAGGAGAUGGCGGCGGCAGGGUUGGGUCUGAAGGUGCGGCACUUCAGUACCUCUCUGGUUAGGCCAGCAUCCAAGCUAGUACAGCCCCCAGUUCAAAUAUAUGGGUUAGAAGGCCGAUAUGCCACCGCACUCUACUCUGCUGCUUCUAAGCAGAAGAAGUUGGAUCAAAUAGAAAAAGAACUGACUCGGGUGUUGGCAGUAAUGAAGGAGCCUAAAUUAUCUGGCAUUGUCAUGAAUCCUUAUGUAAAGGCCAAAGUAAAACAACAGGUUGUGAAUGAUGCUUUACUUAAAGAGAAACUGUCUCCUAUCACUAUCAAUUUUGUCAAAACGCUUGCUGAAAACAGUCGGUUGCCUUACACUUCAGGUGUAAUUUCUGCAUUUGGUAAGAUUAUGAGUGCCUACCGUGGAGAGGUGUUGUGCUCUGUAACUACUGCUCAGUCCUUGGAUGAGGCCAGUCUUACUGAAUUGAAAACAACUUUGAGUGGUUUUCUAGCCAAAGGAGAAACUCUAAAACUGGAAGUUAAGUCUGAUCCAUCAAUCUUGGGUGGAAUGAUUGUCAGCAUUGGAGAUAAAUACAUUGACAUGUCUACGAAGACCAAAAUUCAAAAACUGAGUAGGAUCAUGAGAGAAGUUGUUUAAUGUCCAUCCAGUCAUGCAUUUUCAUUAAAAACUAGUAGGGAAACAUGGAAACUGAUACCAAAACAACAUGCAAAGAACAGCAAAGCCAACACAACUCACGAGAACACUGACGUGCUAACAGAACCAUUAACACCUCCCAUUCUGAAAAUCUACAAAAAUCCCCAUUUAAUCAUGAUCCUUGGGUAUCAAAUGGAAUAACUGAAAAUAGAGAAUGCGCUUGUACUGAAAUAAACAUACUUUCCAAA